UAAAACACCGACGCAAACAAUAUCACAUGAACAUCUCUCGUUUUCAAAACAACUGUCAGCAUUCGCAAGCACCAAAGGACAAAAGAUCGAUGAAAUCGAGCCGUUUUCCCCUAUUCACCACUGUUCGAACGAUAAUCUUCAUAAACCUCAUCAACUUUCUCCGAUUUCCUUCUGAUUGAACAUAAAGCUUCAUCAAGAAAUGAACUUAUGGCGGUUUCUACUUCAAUUUAUCAGCUUACUGAUCAUACGCCGGCUCAUUGUAAUUCGAUCAGUAUCCGCAGUUUGCGAAUACAGUAUCACUCACGAAAACACGCACUACAACUUCAAUCUGGUUGCUCCUUCCAAACAAUUCCCCCAUGGUGUUCUCAGCGAAGACGGAUAUUACAAGGUUUCAUCUAAUGGAACAGUGGUUUGGUUUCAGCUGUGUGAUGCGAUGAUUUUCAACCAUGACCCACCACGAUGUUUUGAUUGUUGGGAAUGUGGUGGUGGAUCAUCUCAUUGUGGCAUGGGUUGUAGUGCACUUAUGUCAAAUGUUAUAUCGGGAUAUCCUGUAUGUAUCACUAUGGGGCAAACUCCUACUAUUACUAUAGAUCUGAUUGAUAAAAGAAAUCCUCAAAUGGGCCUCAUUGUUAAAAUGAAGCACAAUAGCCCACAUAUGAGUUGUUCACUUUCGGUUUCUGUUGUAUGUGAUUCAAAUCAAGUUCAAGUACCUCAGACACUGGAAAGAGUUGGGGGUUGUAGUUAUGCUACACAAUUGAGGCAUCCAUCUGGUUGUGCAAUAAUUGAAUCUACAAAUAGCAAUGGCUUAGGCUGGUUUGUUACACUAUUAAUCAUAAUUUUAUGUCUCUUUGGAAGUUACCUUAUAGCAGGAGCUACAUACCGAUUUUUCUACCUUCACAUUCGUGGUAUAGAUAUAUUACCUAACUUGGAAUUCUGGGACAGUUUGCCACAUAGAGCACAGAGUGCAUUUAUGUGUUUGGUUGGAAAAUUUAAAGGGCAUUCUGAAGGUUACCAAAGCUUCGAUCCCCCUGUUGACUUUUGACUUACGAGUAAAUUAUACACAGUUUCUCUCAUGAGAAAAUUGUAUUUGUGUUUUAUUAAUUACAAUGAAGGUUUUGUUACACUUUCUCUCACUAAAGGUGUAUUUUUUGGCUUUUGGGUAUUUCAUACUGGACUUUAAUACUUUCCGGAUGUACUUCUCCUAAGGAAGUUUUGUCUUUAAUACUUUAUGCUCAUGGCAAAUAUUUAUGUAGCAGCUACCAAAUAUUCUAUUGGAUAUCAUUAUUUUGUC